AUGCGGACAACUGUCUUGACUAUGGCCGUACCGGCCGUAGCGGGUUGGUCCAAUAGCAUACGGGCAUCCUCCGGUGGUAUCCGAGGAUCGUGCCUCCAGAUGGAGGACGUUGCCAUCUCGUCGACCUGCGAUUCAUCUCGGCACGAGAAAUUGACGAGGUUUGCGUUCACUAUGGCACAGGGCUCCAGUGGUACGGCAGGACCCUGCAACACCCCUGGAGAACCCGUCAGCUUAGAGUUCAACGCGCCGGUUACCUCGACCUUCCACCUGCUACGCGAAGGUGGCGAGGUCGACAACAACAAGGUAACAUUCCUCGCCGAAGACCACCUGGAGUUGUCCGUUAUCCUCGACACUACCGGACUCGCCGACGGCCAAGCCAUCCUCGGUUCUGGCGGCUCUCUUCGAGGCCCCUGGACUGUUCCUGAGUGCAACGACGCCAACCGGUCCGCCGCCGCUAUCUCGUUCGGGCGCAAGCUCCGCGGGACCACCCCUUCUCCGAUCGAGACGGUCAACGCAAGCGAAACUCCCGCCACCGCUGACGAAAACGAUGGCGGCGUCGCUGGCGACGUCACGCCGGCACCGACAGCAGCGCCCGAGGACGUGGAGGAAGACGAGGGUACUACGGCGGCGCCUGCGGCUGAUGAGUCCACCCCCUCCCCGACCAAAACGGACGCAGCAUCUCCGUCAGAGGUAGAGGUGAAUCUCGACGAGGACAACACUGAUGAUGAUGAUGAAGACGACUGCUCUGCUUGCUUGGACCUGUCGUCCGUUGAGGAAGAGGCCCUCAUCACGGACACCCACGGCGUGAAGCGGAUCGUGUGCGACGCGACCUGCAAUGUCGACGGUGCCGACAACACUCACUGCAACUACUUCGGCCUCGGACAGAUCUGCCGCGGCUGCGGAGAAUGCGACAACGGCUACUGCCAGCCUUGCCCGGACGAAAGCACACCGUCGCCGACCUUCGGGACAGACCUGGACGACCGCGAGACUCCAAGCCCCGCGACGCCGGCGCCUUCCUCCGCGCCAGUGAAGGACACUCCCGCGCCCGUGACCCCAGUGCCGACUAAUGCCGCGACCCUUGUGCCCGACGUAGCAACACCGUCACCGACAGAGCCCCAGGGUGACCUCCCCGAGACUCCGAGCCCCGAGACGCCAGCACCUUCCUCUGCGCCAGUGAAGGACACGCCUUCGCCAGAGACUCCGUCGCCGACCACCGCCACGACGCUUGCCCCCGACGUAGUCACACCAUCACCGAUGACAACACCCGAACCUUCCCCGGCCCCCUUUACAGAGACCCCUGAGACUACGUCACCGACAACGGCCCCCGUUACGGAGACCCCUGACACCACUCCACCGACAACGGCCCCUGUCGACGUAGCCACACCGUCACCGACGACGACCCCCGAACCAUCCCCGGCCCCCGCUACAGAGACUCCUGAGACUACGCCACCGACAACGGCGCCCGCUACAGAGACCCCUGAGACUACGACACCGACAACGGCCCCCAUUACGGAGACCCCUGAGACUACUCCACCGACAACGGCCCCCGUUACGGAGACUCCUGACACCACUCCACCGACAACGGCCCCUGUCGACGUAGUCACGCCGGUACCGACGACGACGCCCGAACCAUCCCCGGCCCCCGUUACGGAGACCCCUGAGACUACUCCACCGACAACGGCCCCCGCUACAGAGACCCCUGAGACUACGCCACCGACAACGGCCUCCGUUACGAAGACUCCUGAGACUACGACACCGACAACGGCCCCCGUUACGAAGAUCCCUGAGACUACUCCACCGACAUCGGCCCCCGUUACGGAGACUCCUGAUACCACGCCACCGACAACGGCCCCUGUCGACGUAGUCACGCCGGUACCGACGACGACGCCCGAACCAUCCCCGGCCCCCGUUACGGAGACCCCUGAGACUAUUCCACCGACAACGGCCCCCGCUACAGAGACCCCUGAGACUACGUCACCGACAACGGCCUCCGUUACGGAGACUCCUGAGACCACUCCACCGACAACGGUCCCCGUUAUGAAGAUCCCUGAGACUACGCCACCGACAACGGCCCCCGUUACGGAGACUCCUGAGACCACGCCACCGACAACGGCCCCUGUCGACGUAGCCACGCCGGUACCGACGACGACACCCGAACCAUCCCCGGCCCCCGUUACGGAGAUCCCUGAGACUACUCCACCGACAACGGCCCCUGUCGGCAGCACGCCGGCCCCAUUCGUCCCUGGGCUUGACUUGGACGAAAAUCAGUACGACUGCUCCGUAUGCUCGGAGGUAUCGGAAGAAGAUGCCGAGGCCCUGGUCAACGACGACAAGGGCGUGAAGCAGAUCGUGUGUGACCCCGCCUGCGUGGGCGAAGCCGCCGACGUCCUUCACUGCAACUACUUCGGUCUGGGGCAGAUUUGCCGCGGCUGCGGAGAGUGCGAUGACGGGUGGUGCCAGCCUUGCCCGGACGCAACGCCUUCGCCAGUCGUACCCGCACCCUCACCGGCACCACUCGGCUUUGAUGAUCUUUCCACCCCGAGCCCGGUCACGCCAGAGACACCCGCGCCGGUGAAGUCCACGCCCUCGACCGAGACGCCGGAGACCGCACCGCCGACCGUUGCCGAGACGCCCGAGCCCGAAGUGCCUACUCCCUCGCCGACUGUGGUGCCCGAGACCACCUUUGAUCCUUCCACUCCGACCCCCGUCACGCCAGAGACACCCGUGCCUUUCGCUAAGCCGGUGAAGCACACGCCCUCCCCCGAGACGCCGGAGACCGCACCGCCGACCGUUGCCGAGACCCCUGCGCCCAAAGCGAUUACCCCCUCGCCGACGAUGGAGCCCGACCUCGGCUUUGAUCUUUUUACCACUCCGAGCCCCGUCACGCCCGAGACACCCGCGCCUUCCGCUAAGCCGGUGAUGCACACGCCCUCCCCCGAGACGCCGGAGACCACACCGCCGACCGUUGCCGAGACGCCCGAGCCCGAAGUACCUACUCCCUCGCCGACGAUGAUGCCGCUCGGAGCCGACGGUGCUGUUGACGACGACGAGUGCUCCGUCUGCUCGAACCUGACAGACGAGCAAGUAGCGGUUCUGGCCAGCUACGACAACGGCGGGAAGCAGGUGGUGUGUGACCCUACCUGUUUGGACGGCGUCACCGAUCCUCUGCACUGCAACUACUUCGGCCUGGGACAGAUCUGCAGGGGCUGUGGCGAAUGCUCGUCCUGCGAGCCUUGCCCGGGGACAACCCCCGCGCCCGAAACAACAUCCUCACCGACAAUGAUGCCCGACCUCGGCUUUGAUGAUCUUUUCACUCCGAGCCCCGUCACGCCCGAGACACCCGCGCCUUCCGCUAAGCCGGUGAUGCACACGCCCUCCCCCGAGACGCCAGAGACCACACCGCCGACCGUUGCCGAGACGCCGGAGCCCGAAGUACCUACUCCCUCGCCGACGAUGAUGCCGCUCGGAGCCGACGGUGCUGUCGACGACGACGAGUGCUCCGUCUGCUCGAACCUGACAGACGAGCAAGUAGCGGUUCUGGCCAGCUACGACAACGGCGGGAAGCAGGUGGUGUGUGACCCUUCCUGUUUGGACGGCGUCACCGAUCCUCUGCACUGCAACUACUUCGGCCUGGGACAGAUCUGCAGGGGCUGCGGCGAAUGCUCGUCCUGCAAGCCUUGCCCGGGGACAACCCCCGCGCCCGAAACCACAUCCUCACCGACAAUGAUGCCCGACCUCGGCUUUGAUGAUCUUUUCACUCCGAGCCCCGUCACGCCCGAGACACCCGCGCCUUCCGCUAAGCCGGUGAUGCACACGCCCUCCCCCGAGGCGCCGGAGACCACACCGCCGACCGUUGCCGAGACGCCAGAGUCCGAAGUGCCUACUCCCUCGCCGACGAUGAUGCCGCUCGGAGCCGACGGUGCUGUCGACGACGACGAGUGCUCCGUCUGCUCGAACCUGACAGACGAGCAAGUAGCGGUUCUGGCCAGCUACGACAACGGCGGGAAGCAGGUGGUGUGUGACCCUUCCUGCUUGGACGGCGUCACCGACCCUCUACACUGCAACUACUUCGGCCUGGGACAGAUCUGCAGGGGCUGCGGCGAAUGCUCUCUCUGCGAGCCUUGCCCAGGGGCAACUCCCGCGCCCGAAACAACGUCCUCACCGACGAUGGUGCCCGACCUCGGCUUUGAUGAUCUUUUCACUCCGAGCCCCGUCACGCCCGAGACACCCGCGCCUUCCGCUAAGCCGGUGAUGCACACGCCCUCCCCCGAGACGCCGGAGACCACACCGCCGACCGUUGCCGAGACGCCAGAGCCCGAAGUGCCUACUCCCUCGCCGACGAUGAUGCCGCUCGGAGCCGACGGUGCUGUUGACGACGACGAGUGCUCCGUCUGCUCGAACCUCACCGAGGCCCAGAUGGAGUCUCUGGCCGCCUACCCGGACGGCGGGAAGCAAAUCAUCUGCGACCCCCGAUGCGUCGACGGAAGCUCUGACAUCGCCCACUGCAACUACUUCGGCCUGGGCCAGAUCUGCCGCGGUUGCGGAGACUGCGAUGACUGCACCCCUUGCCCCUAG